GUAAUUAUUCAAACUGUAUAGAAAUAUACUACUUAAAAAAUAUAUUUAUGUACUUUUUACGUGAUUGAAACUGUGUCCGGAGUUUCUGUCAACACCAUAAGAUUUUUCUAAAAAUGAAAAAAAUCAGGCAUUAUAUUGGCCAACUCACUCUCUAAGGACCCCUUUUCCACUUCCUGAUUGGUGCACAUGCCAUGAGGCCACUGAUAUGGCUAGAAUGGCAAAAGGGAAGCUUUCAGUAGAGGAACGUAAGAGAAGGAACAGAGAGUAUCAAAAGAAAUGGAGGGAGAAACUUAACAGCCAGCCAGAGAAAAAAGAGGAGUUUCUGAGAAAGGAAAAGGAAAGAUGGGCAAAUAGAGUGAAAGAUGGAAAGUUAAAGACCAUCGCUGAUCUGAGCAAAAGAAAAGUACGGAGGAAAAGGAAGUUCUGGAAACAAGCACAGAGAGAAUCAAGGGAGCGUAGGCAGAAAGCACAGGAGGAGAAUGCCAAACUCAUGCUUGAACUUGUGUCCAGCCAGCUAACUGGAGUCCACCUACACUAUGUCAGCAAUGAUGAUUUCCUUACUUAUGAUUCUGCCCUCCCCGAGUCCUUACGACCCAUCUCAGGAACAAGAAAGGUUCAUCAAGUUGUAGCUCAGGGCAAUAUGAUCUACUGUAGGGAUAUUUCAUGCUUUUGCAAUGAGCCACAAAUCUGCCGCUGUUUUAAUCCAGUUGCACACCUUCACACUCAGCAUGCAGAUGAGCAUAGGGCUGUUCAGAGUCCUCUUGCAAUGUUGGUGGAGGCAAUGGAGGAGGAACCGACUAGAGCACCGGAGGGCUUAAUAUCAGUAGUGGGACCAAGUGACAUCAAUACAGAGGAUUGGCUUGCUGUGGUUUAUGACUACAAUUGGUGGCUGGCUAAAGUGCUUCAAACAGAUCAAGACCACGGGGAUGUUCAAGUGGAAUUCUUCCACCCUCAUGGGCCAUGUAGUCGUUUCCAAAGGAAGCAAGGGAGCCAUGACGUCUGCUAUGUCCCAUUUGCUGACAUCAUAGUCAAAAUUGACCCAUCAUUACCAGUCCGCACAAGCCGCACGAGGGAUAUCUACCAGCUCUCCUCAGAGGUCAUGGACUUCCUAGAUGAGGACCUUUUCAAUCGGUUGUUGCCAGGUGUUUAAAUUCAUGCCAUGAUAUAAGAGGAGUUCAGAAAUUACAGAGUUCUUGCAUUUGAAGACUGAAUUGACGAACAUUAUUCAUGUUUUUCUCCAUGAUCUGUAUAUUUGAUGAGUUAAUGGACUGUUCAAGAGAUCGGAAAUGAGUAUGGACUGUUCAGGAGAUCCGAUAUGAGUUUAUGGACUAUUCAAGUGAUCUGAUAUGAGUUCAUGGA